AUGCCAAAAGGAAAUACUAAAACUUCUAAGGCUAAAAAUAUUAAAGACAAAAAGGCUAAAAAGGAUAAAAAGGAUCCAAAUAGACCAAAAAGACCUCCAACACCAUAUUUUAUUUAUUUAAAUGAACAUAGAGCUUCUAUUAAGGAAGAACAUCCUGACAUUAGAUUUACAGAGAUUUCCAAAGUUGCUUCUGAACAAUGGAAAGCUCUUGGAGAAGAAGAAAAGAAAGAGUAUCAAACUAAAGCUGAUGCUGCUAAAGAACAAUACAAAAAAGAUAUGGAAAAAUAUAAUAAUAAAAAACAAGCUUCUGAGGAAGAAGAAGAGGAAGAAGGUGAUUCUGAAUAA